AUGGGACGAAAACAGCCUGGAAGAGAGUUAAAGGUUCCAAGAGGUAGAGGUGAGGUACCCGAAGGUACGGAGCUAGGAGUUCAAUUAUUUUAUUUUAUUAACAGGGCAGAAACUCGCUUAUGGUCUCCCCAAGUUUCAGAAGAUGGGAAAGCACAUCCUUUCAAAAUCAACUUGGAAUCAGAACCCCAGGAAUUCAAGCCUAUUGGUACCGCUCACAACAGAAGGGCACAGCCUUUUGUUGCCGCAGCAAAUAUCGACGACAAAAGGCAGGUAGUGAGCUCCUCCUAUAAUUCGCCAAUUGGGCUCUAUUCUUCAGGCAAUAUUCAAGAUGCACUGCAUGGACAGCUACGGGGUCUUAUUCCUAGUUCACCUCAAAGUGAAUCAACAGCCUCUGUGCCUCCCCAGUCAGAUGUAUACAGGAUGCUUCAUGACAAUCGAGAUGGACCUACUCAGCCUCGCCAAUCAGGCUCUUUCAGGGUGCUCCAGGAUUUAGUGGAUGACCCUGAUGACCGUCCUGCUGGGACAAGGAGUGUAAGAGCCCCCGUCACAAAAACUCAUGCUGGCCUUGGGAGUGGACAAAAGAUGCCACUGUGUGACAAAUGUGGAAGUGGCAUUGUUGGGGCUGUCGUGAAGGCACGUGAUAAGUAUAGGCAUCCAGAGUGCUUCGUGUGUGCCGACUGUAACCUUAACCUCAAACAGAAAGGUUACUUCUUUGUGGAAGGACAACUGUACUGUGAAACCCACGCAAGAGCCCGCACAAUCCCACCAGAAGGAUAUGAUGCAAUUACUAUUUAUCCAAAAGCUUAACUGUCUCAUGUCGAUGCUUAGGGAGCACACGCAGACACCCACACGCAUGCACACAAGAAGACAUUAAUAGCUUUGGGCAGUCAUAUUAGCGAAAUGUCUACUCUAAAUCAGAAAUAAUGGAUUUUGAAAGUUGAUUUUAUUACCAGUUGAGGAAUUGGUUAAGAAAGCAAGUGUUAGCUGGGCGGGGAGUGCGAGGGUGGGAAGGGGAGGAUUUCAUGUAUUUAGUUACAUUUUGCAAGUAUGUUAUCUUUGAGGCUAACAAAGUAACUUGAGGACAGUUAAAGCAAUAAUAUUUUGUAUGUUUUACUAUCCUAUUCAAAAUUGCUUUUAGAAUGGUAGUACAUGUAAAAAUAUAACCAAGAUAAUACUUCUGUUCAAAUUGUGUU